AUGCUGGCGCCGGCACGGCUUUCCCGAUGCGCUUCUAGCGUAUUUUUGGCUAGAAGAACGCUGCUGUCCAGCGCGUUUGCCCUCGAUGAAACGUGGGCCGGCCGGCACAAGGACCUCCAGAAGCUCGGCCUCGGCGGCGACUACGAAUGGAUUGCGACGGUGCAAAAGAAGUUUAUUGGAGGCGGUGUCGGCAGCGCUGUUGACGUGGAUGCGGCGGUUUGUAUAGCUGAGCACAAGGAUCAGGUGGACGAUGUGACCGAGCUGGUGUACAAGCUGCGCCACAGCCCCUCGGCCGCCGACCUGUUGCCGUCGACGGAAUACGCGCUGUUGCGGCUGCUGCUCAAGCAUCAACCCGAUCAAGUGUUCCAGCUGGCCGAUGAUCCGAUCAACUACGGCGUAUUCCCCAACGAACACUCGGCCUGUCUGCUCAUCGACCACUUUUUGGAGCAGGGCAAUACUCAGAACGCUGCCCGUCUGGCCACGUGGGUGAUGCUGCAGGAGAUGACGGACAACAGUCUUCUCAAUCUGUUGUCUUUGUAUGCUGUCGCCAAGUGGUCCGAAUUGCCGGCGGAGGAGCGGACGUUGCCGAUGAAAGUGGAGGCGGAAGCCGAAGAGGAGGACAUCAAUGAGGAUGAUAUGCGCACGUUCAAAUUCCCGUGGCUGAAAAACGAGUGGAAUGACGGGCAUUUUGACGUGGUGGAAGCGGAGGUAUUGGUGGGAAAGACGUUGCGCUGGAUGGCGAGGGAUACGAAGGAGAUCGAUGACGCGACACGACGAUCGGCCAUUGCCCUUGGCGCUCAGCUGGCUAAAGAUGAUAAGGAAACGGCUCGUCUCGUGCAAUCGGGCUCUGUGCACGGGGCUGUUGCUCAGUUCAUCGUCUCCCAAAUCGAGGCCCACCUCAAGGCGCAAGGAGCCGAAGCUGUCCCCUCCACCCAUCAACAGGCCACUCUUAGCACGCUCGGCUCGAAGGGAAAAGCGGAUGUGGGGCUAUUCUCGGAUGUCUUCUUCAAGGCGCUUCAAACUGUCCAGCCGGAAGCGGAGAAGCAGCUGAUGGCCCAACAAAAAGCCGAAUUUGCCGAGUGGGCCGAGAAAAGGACGAGCCUGGUGCGAGCGCAGGCUGAACGUCUCCUUCUAAAGGUGAAAUUGGAAGAUGUGGAGGCGGAGCUGGCCGCGCUGCAAUCGCGCGAGGAGAAGCUCAACUUUUUCGAGAGUCGCCUCACCUGGGAGAAGCGCGCCGACGACAACGAUCAGAUUGAAGCCGUCGAAGGGAAGAAGAAGGCCGCGACCGCC